AUGAACAACCUGAAGAGAAUGAACAACCACAAGUUGGACCUUCCAAGUACCACAGUAAAACGUGCUAGUGUUCUGGAACAGCUUUGCAAAUCUGCUAGCAGGCAUACCCCACUGUCUGAAUUCUCAGCUACAUUCAAAUUGCAUGGAACACCAGAUUUAUACCAGUCUGUACCAAAUGGACUUCUUGAGCACAUGGACCUGAGGAGUACCUUAAAUCUAAAUGAUGAUGGUGGAAAAGAGCUCAGGGCAAGUUAUAUUUGUGUGGAUGAAGUGAAGUGUGCUUUCGAAGGAGUGUUGUAUUCUGAUUGUGUACCAUACACUGAUGCUCGUUUUGGUUGGAGUUUUAAAAAACCUUAUAUGUCUCCUAUUGGAAAGCUCUGGGACAGAAUUUCAUCAAACUCUAGUAGUUCAGGGAAGCAACGGAGCUUAAACCCAGAGCUUACAUGCUUCCCAAUUGAGGAAGAUCCCAGCAUUAGUGGAGAGAAUGAAAAUAUAGAUGAGGUGGCCGAUACAAUCCAAGAGGACAUUUCUUCAACACUGAUGACUCGUGCCAAACGACAACCACUUGCAGAGAUAAAAGAAGCAUGUGUGAACCCUCCUACAUCAGUUUCUGCAGCAGAAAGAUUUCUUGAUAGAAAUAGUUUAGAUUCCACAAACACUGAAGUCAGUGCUACUGGGGCCCAAAGUGGGAUCAAACAGAAGCUUGCCAAAAUUGUCAGGGGCUCUUUAUCAGUAAGCACAAAUUGUAUUAAGAAGGCAACUGAGUCACUAAACAACAGAUUCAGUAAGCCAAAAUUGUCAGGGAAAACAAGUUUGAGGAAAGGUGGGCAGAAUCUCUUAGAGAGGGAGUCUAAGCGUAACAAUAUUGUUUCAAACAUCACUUCCUUUCUUCCACUAGUUCAACAAAAACAAGCAGCUGCAGUUGGCACAGGGAAGAGAGAUAUCAAAGUGAAGGCACUGGAGGCUGCAAAGCGCCUUGAAGAAAAAAGACAGAAUGAACGCAAGCUGAAGAAGGAUGCAUUGAAGCUUGAAAGAGAAAGAAAAGAGCAAGAAAAUUUGCGGCAAAUGGAGAUAAACAAGAAAAAGAAAGAAGAGGAACAGAAGAAAAAAGAUGCUGAUAUGGCAGCAAGAAAAAGACUGAGGGAGGAAGAAGAGAGGAAGGAGAAGGAAAGAAAAAGAAAGCGAAUUGAAGAACCACGACAACAACAGAGAGGAAAAGAAGAGAAAUUACGAGCAGAGAAAGAGAAAGAAGUACCAUUUGGUGCCAUGGAUGAAAAUGUGAACGACGGGAAGGAAUCUAACAAUGAAUUGAGAAAACAUCAAAAAAUGAAAAAGCCACAGACUGAUCCUAGGGCUGCUGAAAUUUCGACAAGCAAUGCCAGCCAAGUAAUCCUGAAGGAUUGUCAAGCUUUUAGUCAUUUUGGUGACAAUGGGGAGCCAACAAGUGUCUUCACAAAAACUGCAGAAAAGGAUAGCUUUAUGGCCAAGACAAGUCUAGAAAAAUCAUAUUCGAUUUCUCCAUAUCAAUGCUCGGAUGAUGAAGAGGACGAAGAGGAUGAAAGGGAUGAAAUUCACACGAAAAAGUUUGUUCCUUCUUGGGCCAGUAAAAAUUCAGUGGCUCUUGUUCUUUCAUCCCAGCAAAAAGUUGACCCAUAUAUAAUAUUCCCACCUGAAAGUUUUUGCAGUAUAGAUGAAGUUCUUCGGCCUCAAAAAUUACAGCCAAAAUAGGAGGCAACGUUGAAGAAAUUGUUGUCUUCAAGAACAUUGCUGCAAUAACUUGGAUGAGAUUUCUGCACCAAGAUAAGGUACUCUCUCUCUCUCUCUCAGCAUCAUCUCGCUGUUUUUCAUCCUUAUUGGUGAAAGUA